AUGAGUCGCAACUACUCGAACAGCGUGUUCAUCGGGAACCUGACCUACGACACGACGCCGGAGGACCUGCGGCAGCUGUUUGGGGAGGUGGGACACGUGGUGCGCGCGGACAUCAUCACGUCGCGUGGGCAUCACCGUGGGAUGGGCACGGUGGAGUAUACCAACGCACAGGACGUCGACGAGGCGAUCCGGCGCUUCAACGGGAUGGACUUCAUGCACCGCGAGCUCUUUGUGCGACGUGACAACCCACCGCCGGUGGGCGAGCGGCGCGAGCGGAGGGGCCCGGGGCCUCUGCCCCGCCGUACCCAUCCGGGGGGAUUCGAGAUCUUUGUUGCAAACCUGCCGUACUCCAUCAGCUGGCAGACGCUGAAAGACAUGUUCAAGGAGUGUAGCGAGGUCAUACACGCGGAUGUGUCUGUCGACGCGGACGGCUACUCGCGCGGGUUUGGCACCGUGUAUGUGACCACGAGGGAGAACCAGAUCGCGGCGAUUGAAAGGUGGAACGGGUACGAGCUCGAGGGCAGAAUCCUUGAGGUACGCGAAGGCAAGGGUACGGAUGUCGGUUCUGCAGGACGUGGCGAUUCCUACGUACCCAAACAGAUCCCGUCCUAUGACUACGAUGGCGAGUACCGUGGCACUGAGGUACGCGCGGAACUUCCUCAUUCAGAAAAUGCCAGCGUAUCUGUAUCAGGAAAGGCGUCUCCGGAGUAUGAACAGUAUACCCCUUCGGACGUCGAGUUUACUUCCAAGGCAGCUCCGGGCGGCGCGAAGAAUAGAAUCAUCUACUGCGAGAACAUGCCGCUGGCCACUGCCGAGUCAGACUUGUAUGAUUUGUUCGAAACGGCAGGCAAGGUUCUCAGAGCGAACCUGCAAUACGAUUCAGAAGGCAAUCCGACAGGCUCCUCAGUGUGUGAGUUUGAAACCGUAGCGGACGCGCAAGAAUGUAUUGAGAGAUUGAACAACUAUCACUAUGGUGGCUGUGACCUGAAAAUGUCUUACGCAAGCUACGCAUAG